CAGUGGGAGGAGAUCAGCGGUGUUGAUGAACAUUAUACACCCAUCAGGACUUACCAGGUGUGUAAUGUCAUGGAUCACAGUCAAAAUAAUUGGCUGAGGACAAACUGGGUCCCCAGGAACUCAGCUCAGAAGAUCUACGUGGAGCUCAAGUUCACUCUACGGGAUUGCAAUAGCAUUCCAUUGGUUUUGGGAACUUGCAAAGAGACUUUCAACUUGUACUACAUGGAGUCUGAUGAUGAUCAUGGGGUCAAAUUCCGAGAGCAUCAGUUUACAAAGAUUGACACCAUUGCAGCUGACGAAAGUUUCACUCAGAUGGAUCUUGGGGACCGUAUUCUUAAACUCAAUACUGAGAUUAGAGAAGUAGGGCCUGUCACCAAAAAAGGAUUUUAUUUGGCUUUUCAAGAUGUUGGUGCUUGUGUUGCCUUGGUGUCUGUGAGAGUGUACUUCAAGAAGUGCCCAUUUACAGUGAAGAAUUUGGCUAUGUUUCCAGACACAGUACCUAUGGACUCCCAGUCCCUGGUGGAGGUCAGAGGCUCUUGUGUCAACAAUUCUAAGGAGGAAGACCCUCCCCGGAUGUACUGCAGUACCGAAGGUGAAUGGCUUGUUCCUAUUGGCAAGUGCUCCUGCAAUGCUGGAUACGAAGAAAACGGUUUUGUGUGCCAAGCUUGUCGACCAGGCUUUUACAAGGCUUCAGAUGGUAACGCCAAGUGCUCCAAGUGCCCACCUCACAGCUCUACACAUGAAGAUGGUUCAAUGAACUGCAGGUGUGAGAAUAAUUACUUCCGAGCAGACAAAGACCCUCCAUCCAUGGCUUGUACCCGACCUCCAUCUGCACCAAGAAAUGUUAUCUCUAAUAUAAACGAGACCUCGGUUAUUCUGGACUGGAGCUGGCCCCUGGACACAGGAGGCCGGAAAGAUGUUACCUUCAAUAUCAUAUGUAAAAAAUGCGGGUGGAAUGUAAAAGAAUGCGAGCCAUGCAGCCCAAAUGUUCGCUUCCUCCCUCGACAAUUUGGACUUACCAACACCACAGUGACAGUGACAGACCUCCUGGCACACACUAACUACACCUUUGAGAUUGAUGCCAUUAACGGAGUGUCAGAGCUGAGCUCCCCACCAAGACAGUUUGCAGCAGUCAGCAUCACAACUAAUCAAGCUGCUCCAUCACCUGUCAUGACGAUUAAAAAAGAUCGGACAUCCAGAAACAGCAUCUCUUUAUCAUGGCAAGAACCCGAACACCCUAAUGGGAUCAUAUUGGAUUAUGAGGUCAAAUACUAUGAAAAGCAGGAACAAGAGACAAGUUAUACCAUUUUGAGGGCAAGAGGCACCAACGUUACCAUCAAUAGUCUCAAGCCAGACACUACAUAUGUAUUCCAAAUUCGAGCCCGAACAGCAGCUGGAUAUGGAACCAACAGCCGCAAGUUUGAGUUUGAAACUAGCCCAGACUCUUUCUCUAUCUCUGGUGAAAAUAGCCAAGUGGUGAUGAUCGCCAUUUCAGCAGUGAUAGCAAUUAUUCUCCUCACAGUUGUCAUUUAUGUUUUGAUUGGGAGGUUCUGUGGUUAUAACAAGUCAAAACAUGGUGGAGAUGAAAAAAGACUUCACUUUGGGAAUGGGCAUUUGAAACUUCCAGGUCUCAGGACUUACGUGGACCCACAUACGUAUGAAGACCCUUCACAAGCGGUUCAUGAGUUUGCUAAGGAAUUGGACUCCGCCAACAUAUCCAUUGACAAAGUUGUGGGAGCAGGUGAAUUUGGAGAGGUGUGCAGUGGCCGCUUAAAACUUCCUUCCAAAAAAGAGAUUUCAGUGGCUAUUAAGACUCUGAAAGUAGGUUACACAGAGAAACAGAGGAGAGAUUUUCUGGGAGAAGCAAGCAUUAUGGGACAGUUUGACCAUCCCAAUAUCAUUCGGCUGGAAGGAGUUGUAACUAAAAGCAAGCCAGUUAUGAUUGUCACAGAAUACAUGGAGAAUGGCUCUUUGGACAGUUUCUUACGUAAACAUGAUGCCCAGUUUACAGUCAUCCAACUGGUGGGGAUGCUUCGCGGAAUAGCCUCUGGCAUGAAGUACCUGUCAGAUAUGGGCUAUGUUCACCGAGACCUUGCUGCUCGGAACAUCCUGAUCAACAGUAACUUGGUGUGUAAGGUUUCUGAUUUUGGACUUUCGCGUGUUCUAGAGGAUGACCCAGAAGCUGCUUACACAACCAGAGGAGGAAAGAUCCCAAUCCGGUGGACAUCACCAGAAGCAAUAGCCUACCGCAAGUUCACAUCAGCCAGUGAUGUAUGGAGUUAUGGGAUUGUUCUCUGGGAAGUGAUGUCGUAUGGAGAGAGACCAUACUGGGAGAUGUCCAAUCAGGAUGUAAUUAAAGCUGUGGAUGAAGGCUACCGCCUGCCACCCCCUAUGGACUGCCCAGCUGCCUUGUAUCAACUGAUGCUGGACUGCUGGCAGAAAGACAGAAACAAUAGGCCCAAGUUCGAGCAGAUCGUCAGCAUUCUGGACAAGCUUAUCCGGAAUCCUGGAAGCCUGAAGAUCAUCACCAGUGCAGCAGCAAGGCCAUCAAACCUUCUUCUGGACCAAAGCAAUAUUGACAUUACUACCUUCCGCACAACAGGUGACUGGCUGAAUGGUGUACAGACAGCACAUUGCAAAGAAAUCUUCACAGGCGUGGAGUACAGCUCCUGUGAUACCAUAGCCAAAAUCUCCACAGACGACAUGAAGAAAGUCGGUGUUACUGUGGUUGGGCCACAGAAGAAGAUCAUCAGUAGCGUUAAAGCUCUGGAAACACAGUCCAAGAAUGGACCAGUUCCAGUGUAAAUACUGGAAAGAAGUGUUUGUGGAUAAAGCAGCAUCACUCCGGGGACUAAUGAUAAUUCUGGAGAUGCCAGUGAAAUUCCAAGUCCAAUAAGACACUCAGAUAUGAGUACAAAUGCCUUAACAUGGAAUUGAAAAAUUUUUUAUUUUCCCUUAUCAUUUAGUGGAUGGGCGGGUGGGUAUAUUUUGUUUCGCAAUUGAUUUUUUAAAUGUUAGUUGAUAGAUUAAAUUAAAAUUAUUCAACUCAAAAUGGUGAAGAACUAGCAUACAGCCAUUGAUCAUAAACUGACUAUCCUAGAAACAAAACAAGUGAAAUGACAAAAUGGACAUGAUGACCUUGUUUAUUAAUAGCCUCAAAUGAAAAGACUUGUGAUAUUUUUAUACACAGAAGAAAUCUGUAGCAGGUAUUUUGUUUCUGUAAAACAAGCAAAAUAGAGGAAUUUAUACCUCAGACUAUCCGGCCAUAUUUACUACCUUAUCAUUGUAUUAGUCUCUUUUAUCUAUGUUUAAAGCAUUUAGAGAUGAAAUUUGUAGUUGUUUUAAGUACUAUGCCUGUUUAAAUUGUUAGCUUCCUUAAGUAUAUCAUGUAAAAAUGUCUUAAUUUCUGAAAAAAGUACAUAUUUAUUUUCUUUUGAAUUGUUUUUAUUUUUUAUAUUUAUGCUUUGAUGAUUUAAUUUGGAUUUUGUACAGCCAAGUGCCAAAUGCUCUCUCAAGUUGUCAGCACUAAGAAACAUACUUAAUUAGACACAGAGAAGCUGGCUUUCUUUCCAGAGGGUUUUUUUUUAAGCCAUUCUCUUACAUAUAUUUAAAAAUGGUACACUUCCCCUGCUCAAACAGUAACCAACUCUCUCAAAGUCUGAAAUACCCAGUUCAUUUUUCUCUUAUUAUAAACUGUGUGUUCCUAAUUUAGUGGCUUGUAUGUAAUGGAUUUUGAACCAGAUGACAUACCUAUCCUGCUCUGGUGCUUAGACGUCAUCAACUCCCUCCACUCAUGAAGCUGCCAUGAUAGAACUCCUGAGAAUAGCUACACUGGAAAUAAUUGAAAUGCUAUUUAGAUUGUUGCAUUAAUUAACAACAGCAUGUAGACAACUGCAUGAGUCAAAAAAGUACUUACUAACUAAAAAGUCACUUAAUAUCUUUGCUUAAACUUGCUGAACUGUUUGUAGGAACUGAUGGUAGCUGAACUAAUAAUCUGUAUAAGUGGGGUUUGGGUCAAUUGAUUAAACAUUAUGGUCAUCAAUAUCAGGUAUAAUCAUCUUUAAAAGUCUUCCACUUCAGUGCACCUGUUGUAAUUUUGGUAUAUAACUUAGAAUCCUUUAACUUCUUUCCAUUCGUUGAACAUAUCACUAUUGCCAUAGCUAGUUAUAUAGCAAAUGCCUCAAAAUGUGUAGGCAUUGGAAAAGUGUCUCAUUGCAGGGAUUUAGACUUGCUGUCACAUAAAGGCUAACUGUGAGUCUGUUCAUUGACAUGUGAAAGGAUAUACCUGGUGGAGAUCUAGCUGCUAAUAUAUUCUGAAGCAACAUUUUAGAUAGUCCUCAUCAUGCUGAUGCAUCAAGCCAUGGAUAUAAGAAUGCAUACGUCACAAGAAUAGAAUGUACGAAACAAUGCUGCAACAUUUAUGUUCAUAUGCAAAAUGAACAUAAAGAAAUAUAGCUUCCAAUCACAGGUCAAAAUUUAUAAGUGUUAAUCUGUUUUAGAUUUAGUAUACUCAGGCUUAAAUUGUGUUCAUUCAGAUGUGAGAUUGUUUCCCAAAUGUUGACACUGCUCCUUAUAGUUAUUCAUGCUACUAGAAUUUUAUAUUGGAUAAGUAUAAGCACGAACUUUUUUAAAAGGCACAUGUGAUUAUAAAUUAAUCAUGAAUUUCGCUUAAGCCUGAUAGAAAUAGUGAGGAAAAAAUUCUUCUAAUUAAGUAUUUUGUGUUUGAGAAAUUAAAUUGAGUUUCAAAUCUGGUGUCUAACUCAUUUUUUCCCAGAUUAGCAUUUACUUUUGCAGAUAUUAUUCUGGGGAUCAUGCUCAACAAAAUUUGCGAAUCUCAUAAACUCAUAGUAACUGAGGAUUGUUGAAUCUAUUGCACUUAUUUUGGCUGUCUUAUUGCUUGAAAGUAAAGGUUGUAUACACAGUAUAUUGCUCUUCAUUCUUUUCAACAUUUUUCUACCUAACCUCUUUCAAAGUUACGUUACAUAAUUCUUACCCUGUACAUAUGUAAACAUAGCAGUGUACGAUUCUUAACUGUGGAGUAGAGGUACUAGAGUGCUUGUGGCCAUCACUUUGUACAGGAAAGGCAUCACUUUCAGUAAACAUUAAGUUACAACUCCUUCAAAAUGUUAUAGAACAUAUUAUCUGUUUUGUAUCUUAAAUUUGAUUUAUACAUAUUAUUUAUUUCUGGUAACACAUCCAGUUUAUGCUGUACUAAGUACCUAUUAAGCCAUGUAUAAAUGAGAUAUGAUUGACAAUAUGUGUUCACUUUAAACUUGCUGUUUCAAAACCAUUAUUCAUUUAGUUUAUGUUGUACAAUGUAGAUGGCCUCUUACUAAUGUAAAAUGAUUUGUAGUGGAAACAUUUAUAUUUUUAUAAUAAACAUAAUGAAAAUAUUUUUACAGAUUGGAA